GAAUCCCACUGAAAGUGAGAACUCUGUGUGAAUGUGUGCGCAGGCGUGUGUAUCUGCGCAUGCCAGCCUCCUCCCCCAUUCCCCUGCCCCCCUUCCUGUCUCUGGCAGGUUCCAGCCCCAUUGAGCUGAGUGUGAGCUCCUCAUUGUUCAGCAGGCAGUCGGCAGCCUCAGCACUGCAUCACUGAGCCUUGCAGAGAGACCCAGCCCAGCUCCUCGCAUCCUCCUCCAUUCACCUCCGUUCUCCUCCACUCUGUAUCCAGGGCCACCAUGGCAAGCACCGUAGCAGCCUACAAAGAGAAAAUGAAGGAGAUGUCCAUGCUGUCCUUGAUUUGCUCCUGCUUUUACUCACAGCCGCACCCCAACAGCACCUACCAGUAUGGAGCAGAUAUGGAGGUGAAGCCAAUAAACAAGCGUCUUUCUGGCCAGUCCUUUGAGGUGAUCCUGAAGGCCCCCGGUGACCUGUCCCCAGACCGCCCCCAGCCUCUGGCCUCCCCUCCUAAGAAGAAGGACAUUUCCCUGGGUGACCUCCAGAGAAGACUUGAUGCAGCUGAGGAGAGGAGGAAGUCCCAGGAGGCCCAGGUGCUGAAGCAGCUGGCAGAGAAGCGAGAGCAUGAGCGGGAGGUGCUGCACAAGGCCCUGGAGGAGAACAACAACUUCAGCCGUAUGGCCGAGGAGAAGCUCAACUACAAGAUGGAAGUGAACAAGGAGAACCGUGAGGCCUACUUAAGUGCUCUGAAGCAACGGCUUCAGGAGAAGGAGAGGCAUGCAGCUGAAGUGCGCCGAAACAAGGAGCUGCAGGCAGAGCUGUCUGGUUGAAAACCUUUUCUACUUCCAUAAGAGAUUUGAAAGAGUUUUGGCUAGAAAAAAAAACAAAAACGCAACUUUUUUAAAAAUAUCUCUUCAUCAAUAUUCAUGCAUUGUUCUGCAUAUAACAGUCUCAUUAGUCAUACCAUAGAAAAGCAGCUUACAAGUAGAAUACUGCGGUUAGCUCAUCAUUUGCCACAUUCAUUCAUAUUCUGCCGGUAAAGGUUUUCUUCACUGUCGCCAGCCAUUAGGCAUACACGUUUUUAAUUGCAGCAUUUUAAUAAACACUAUUUCAUAUUUGGAAGCAUGCUUCUGAUAGCCUCUGAUGCAGAUGUUGGACAGUUGAUGGACGGCACCUACAAAAUUGUGAAAUUGUGAAAUAUUAUGUGGAUAUGAAGUUUGCCAGUACAAGAAAGAUAUGCAUUAGGGCUUUUCAUGUACAGUUUGUGUCAAAAUUAGUUCAGAAAUCAGCAUUAGCAAACCUUUCAGUGUCUGAAUCUUUAAACCAGAACUUAAGCGGGUUUUGGGUUAAAGAAAUAUUCGCUGUUAUCAAACAAAGCACUUGAAGCACAAAAAACCGUCGAAUUCCGCUAUAAAAAGUGACUGUCCAUACCAUUUUAACUGCUCUGGAUACUUACUGAUUGUAUUUAUUAGCGUGUGUGUGCGUGUGCGCGCAAGAACUGCUUGAGCCAAAUUUUCUGUCUUACCUGCAGUACAGUAAUAGUAGUACAAUGUAGGGUAAAGCACCUGCAACACAUUAUCCUUUACCAGAGUGUUUGCUUUAAGUGGAGCUCUCACUUGAAGCUUGUUACCUUCCCCCGUGUAAAUAACUUUUGAGAGACGUCGACGUCGCCGUGCAACAGCUGCCGCUCAGCCGAGUCAUCCAUUGGUACGCCGAGCUCCGAACGCUUCGCCUCUUUAGCCCAGCAGACUGUGUAUAAUUCAUGUGUCACACCUGUCAGGAUGACGAGGCUUUAUUUUGGUGCUAUGGAGCUGUGCUUGUCCCCCCGCCCCUCGACCUGAGGGUGCGAUUCCGACACAGCGUGGGCUGCAGCUCAUUGACCAGGAAGUUGUUCACCGUGGUUGAAAUGGCCGUCUACCUUGGCCCAAAGACAACCUUUCCAUUUUUGUGCCAGUCCCGGAAUCGUUACGAUCCCUAAGCUGCCCCGAGAUGAAUGGGUGUGAAGAAGCGUUGCGUUGGUGGCGUUCCACUCAAUGUGACGUCCCGAACAAGAGCUCAGCGAUGAGGGAACACCGCCAGAUUGCUCAUUCAAACGGAAGGUGCCCUUACUGUGUGUUCUUUGAACUCCCGGCUACUGACGGAUCAUUUAGCUAGUGUUUAUACACAAGGCGUCGUACCAUGUGGUGUAGAGACAACGCAAUGCUUCUGGGCCUUUACAACACUCAACAUGAUCAGAGUAGCAUGUCGUCUCCAUCUUGCGGACAGAACAAGGUGUAACCUUGACCGGAUGUCCUUUCGACUACUUGUGAGAACAGCUGUGCUAGAACCAUAGGUGUUCGCCCUCUUUAGCCUUCGUAGCAUAGGUGUGUUGUGCUAGUACUCGAAAAGGUUAUGACCUUGCCUUAAGAAACAUCUAGUACUGUACGUUGCGACAAGCACUGUAUUUCCUGUCUGUGCUCCAAGGGGACCCCUUCACAGCGCUCCACACAACUCCAAAUGGAUGUAAACUUCUCAAUACCGCACUCAUCACUCUGUUGCUACAUUUCUGGAAAUAUUACCCAACACCCUAUCCUGCAUAACCCGAAUUAUAUGACUAUCAGAAACAAGAUCACAAUCUCAGCCUCUCGUGUAACCAUACUGUAGGAUAUCUCACGUGCAGUUCAGUGUCAACCUGGCAUUGUUAUCGUAAACGAAAGUGAUUGAAAACCAAUAAAGUUGA